CCAGUGUACUCUUGGUGAUGUUCCUGGCCUGGCCUGGUCACCCCAAAUCGAAAAUGUUCUGAUUUUUUGACAGCCUUGGUAAGAAAAUACAACGGUACCGAGAAAUCAACGAGUUAACAUGUCAUUUAGCUUAAGCUGCUCUUAUGCUGUAAAGAUACUGAAAGGAGAGAUGUCCUGCAUUCAUCGUGUACUCAGACAAAGGCUUUGCCAUGGUCUCCCUGGUUACAGAUUCAUGUUUCAUGCUGAAGCAGCAAUCAAGAAACCGGAUGAAAUGUGGCAGAAAACGUGUGUUAGGACCAAUUCAACACGUUCUAGAAACAACAUCAUGCGUGACAAAACUAAAGCCAUACGGACAAAUGUACUAGAGGUUAUCUAUGGUGGGAGUGAUAAGGUUCCAGAGGGAGUGCCAUGGACAGAUUCAGCCUUGCCCUUGGAAGAAAACCCAAGUGAUGAUGAAGAGCUUGACACUGGAUUUAAAGGUUCAGAGAUUAAACAAAGAGCUUUUUUAAAGGAAUCCAAGGCAUAUGAAAGAUUAUCCCUUGAUUAUAUCAAUACACUUUGCGUAGAGUCUGAGUCAAACAGAAAGCAUGUCCAUCAUUUUCUUACAACAUUAGGGGAGAAUGGGAGUGAGAAGAUAUCACAGGGUAAUGUCACAAGAAAUAUCAGGUGCCUUUCUGAAUUACCACAUACUGAAAGAAUAUUAAUGAUGAAAUCAUCAGCAAUGGAUUAUCUGGGAGAAUACUUGUGUAGAGCUAUGCCAGAUAUGGAAACUGAAACGUUUGUACAAUCUUUGUUGAUUUUCUACUGGUGGGAUUUAAGUCUGAGUGCUUCACAGAACACACUCAUAGAGAAAGAGUGUCUUCAAAGGAUAUCAUCAUGGGAUAUCAAUACCCUGCUACUGGUGACAGAUUGGUGGAUAUGCAUGGCAGGUGCAAGCUCAUGGACCUUCCACAGGGAGAUGUUGUCCAUUCUAAGGCCAUCCUGGACCAAGCUAUCAGCCCAACAGAUGGUGCAAGCCUUCUACCUAUGUGGACAGUUCAAGCGACCAGCUCAACCACUCGUGGAUAAACUUGUCCUCCUUGCAGAGCACUUUGUGGAUGAAUUAUCCAUCACAGAGAUUGCAACAAUCUGCAAUGGUAUGAUCAAGGUAGCUGGCUGGCUCCCACACAACAGCAUCUUACCAGCUGUUAUAUCUGCAGCAUUAUCCAAAGACAUCCAACUCCAGACAGAUAUUGAGAAGUACAAUGUAGUUACAAUCAUGAGGUUCCUCGGACGAUCCUACCACUAUGAUGCAGACCUGUACAUCAAACUGUCUCAAGAUCUAGUUCCACACAUACCGAAGAUGAGCUAUCUUGCUCUGCCUCAUAUACUUGGGGUAUUUGCAAGGGCAGCCUUUGUUAGCACCCCUCUAUUUGAUGAAGUAUUGAGAUGCUUUGAUCAUUCCAAGGCAAACCUGAAAGACUACUACCUCACACUUUGGUCAUUUUGCAGACUAAACUACACCCCUGAUGAAUUUAAUAGCUUUUUAGAAGCAGCUGUUGCAAGAAUAGGAGAAAAGGAAGAGUGGACGGAUAAUAGUGCAUUCCUCUUUGUCAAGACACUAGUGCCUCUCUCCUUUGUAGGGAAAUAUCCAGUGGAGCUUAUUCAUAGGAUAUUUAGUCCUGUUUACCUCAAGAAGUAUGCAGGUCGUUGCCCUCCUGAUGUCUACAAGCACCUCUAUUGCCUAGAUUGUUCUAUCGCUAUAGAAUGCCCAGACUACAAAGGUCCAAGGCUCCCCAAGAGUAUUGCUUCACGGUCCAAGCUGGUACCCCAUGGUUCGUCCAAGGUAGUUGGAGAUGAAAAGCAAGCAUAUGCUGAAAUCAUUCCCAUCCUGGCUAGAGUGCUUGGAAGUAAAGAUGCUCUCAAGGUCCACCCCAUCUUGGACCACAUCCGCACACCUGUAGAUAUUGAGAUACACUUGGAUGACAACAAUAAACCCAUCAACCUUCAGGAGAGCAGGAACAGGACUGAGGAGUCCACCACCAAGCUAGCUGUGCUAGUAGCCUUGGCCAAUCACUACCGUAAGGACUCCUCAGAGCUGCUUGGUGUUCAUGUCAUGAAGAGAAGACAACUCAAGAUUGCUGGUUACCAAAUAGUAGAGAUUCCUUUCCACGAGUGGCAUCAAGUCAGGAGGCAGAGUAGGGAGAAAAAGCAAACGUAUUUGGCAGGCAAGAUAUUUGACAGGUAGUCUCUAGUAUAGUCAGUUGAGAGUGUACCUAAGAAAAUAAUUUGUGUACAGCUCGAAAUUUACAAAAUCAACCCAAACAAAUUUAACCUGGCAUUCUAUGAGUAAACGGUUAAAGUGUCUAAAGAAAAUAAAGGAAAAUAUAAAAACAUGCAAAACAGUACCCAAGUUGGACUUGGGAUCUAUUCUGCUACGAGUGCAAAAGGGCAUGUCGACUAUUCUACUCACUAGUCACUUUGAGGCUUAUUGAGAGUGUUUUUGAACUUGCAAUAUGUCUUUAUAGAAGAAAAUUUUUGAAGCCUAUAUUUUGAUAAUAGUAUAGUGACAAGGUUGCUUGGCCCAAAACUCAAAUUUCUUAGGAAGUUUAAUAUUUUUUAUAGUGCAUAUUUACGAAAGUAGAACAAUUGAAAUAUUUUCUGUUGCAAUUAGUGCGAGGUCAUUUUUGUAUAAUGAAUCCAUUAACAUGAGAAAAACAUCUGAUAAAGGGACGGUGAUACGAAGGAUGCCAGAAAUAUAAACAUCAUAUUGAAGAAGAGCAUGCAUUCAGUUUUGUGUAUACCUAGACAAUAACAGAAACCAUCACUUGACUGUAAGAGUUUAGAGUUAUAAGGCAGAAUGAGACAGGGAAGGAAGAAGUAUAGCAAUAAGAAAGAUUAUGGAAAGAAGAGGGAGGAAAAGUACCAGUACAUACCGUAAAUCUCUGUGUUUAAGACGCACCCCUAUUUUUUGGGCAAAAGAAAAAAGAAAAAUGCUGACUGUGUACACAGCAAGCCAGGUCCGUGUUAAAAAUCCUAAGCAGGGAAGGACCUUUAUUGUACUGCAAGGUGCAGUUGAAGGUGCCAAAUUUUGCUCCUGAACUUGUCAUAAAUAAUAGUAAGAAUGUCGUUUUUAAAACUACAGAUGACAGACAAAUUUUCCUGUAAGUCCAAACAGAAAUCUGGCCAUACAGGUUAGUGUUGUUCUAGUUUCUGAGUGGUGAGUCAAUACUCUGUGUAUGACUGAGUUGGGAGACAUUGCCAGGUGGAAAGGCAUCAAUCAACAAUUUAAAAAAAAAAAUCUUGUACCCCCAACUUUCUAAUUUUUUUUGCGGAAAAAAGGUGCGUCUUAUACACGGAGAUUUACGGUAUCAUGUAAUCAAGGAUCAAUAAUAAUUCAGAUAUAAUUGCUGUGACACUUAUUCAAAAGGUCACAAAUUCUUGAUAGGACCACUUGAAUAGUGGGCAAAUUAGGUGUAGACUUUUGAAGUUAGAUAAUCUGGGCAUUGGCCUACGAAUGUAAGUUUGGUACCAAGUUGCAUUUGAAGCUUUUAAACCCUACUUAACUAUCAUGAUUGAAAAAAAAAAUGUGACGAUACAAUAACAUAGGAUGUAACACUAAAUAUAUGAUUAUUCUAGACAUUUCAUUCAUUUA